AUGAUAAAAAGGAAAAUGUCUUUAUUCACGUCAAAUGAGACAAAUUCCAGUUUCAAAAAGGAAACUAGCCUUGAUACGCCGCGAGAUGAAAGUCUUGCGCGAGUUGAAAUAGCUAUUUUGAGCAUAAUCUUCCUCUGCGCAGCAGUGCUGAAUUUCGGACUCCUCUUGGUUCUGUGGAAGAGAAGAAAGCAAAUGUCUCGAAUGCGUGUAUUCGUCUUUCAUUUGUGCUUGGCGGAUCUUGUCGUCACUUUUUUCCAGGUGUGCCCUCAACUAAUGUGGGAUAUCACCGACAGAUUCAGCGGCCCUGACAUGUUAUGCCGGUUGGUGAAGUACCUUCAGGUGGUCGGCAUGUUCGCCUCUACUUACAUGAUCGUUGUGAUGACUAUUGACCGCUACCAAGCCAUCUGCAAUCCCAUGGUAACUUUCCAGAGACGCCGUGCGCGAUGGAACGUCCCAGUCUGCAUCGCAUGGGGAAUCGCUCUAAUCGGAAGCCUCCCUCAGAUCUUUAUCUUCUCCCAAGUUGAGAUUGCUCCUGGGGUUUUUGAGUGCUGGGCUGACUUCAUACGACCAUGGGGACUGAAGACAUACAUAACAUGGACAACUUUAGUAAUUUUCGUGUUGCCCAUAAUGACUGUUGUUGUGUGCCAGGUGCGCAUUUGUAGAGCAAUUCAGAUAAACCUCUACAUGAAGACGCACCAGAACGAAGAGGAUGUAAUCAAGCAGCCACUGCCGUCCAGAGCCAGCAGUGUCGCUGGAGUGUCUAAAGCAAGGAUUAAAACAGUGAAAAUGACUGUUGUGAUAGUGCUUGCCUACAUUCUCUGUUGGUCCCCAUUCUUUACAGUUCAGCUGUGGUCAGUUUGGGACGAUGACGCACCGACUGAAAGUGCGGUCUUUACCAUCCUCAUGCUAUUAUCCAGUCUGAACAGCUGUGCCAACCCUUGCAUCUAUCUCCUCUUCAGUGGGAAGUUUCCUAGACGGAUCAUGGCACUUCUGUGUACGGGUCAAAGGAGCGGUAAGGAGUCUAACCCAGAUGAAGCAACCGUAGUCAGCACACUUUACAUGAGCCUGAAGAGCGUAUCGGACACUAGGUGAGCCAGUGCUCUACAAUUGAUUCAAACAAUCAUAAACAGACAUUGCAGACUCCCUCGGAAAAGUGUUGCAAAUGUAAUAUGCACUAUGAUGUGUUUGAAUGAGUAUGAAAGUGCUGUAAAUAGCGCCUGGUUAGUUCAAAUCAUGUUGAGAAUGAAACGUUUUCAACAGUGUGCAUCGACUUUGUGUAAAAUAUCCCAAUGCUUCUAUUAAGCAGGCUAGACUUUCCACUACUUAUGCUAAUGCAUGGCAACCGGCUGAGCAGUGGUGGAAAAAAUGCUUAAGUUACUUGUGCUUCUAUCAUUUUAAUUGGCAGUGACAUUUUGAGAUGUAUUUCUCCACCACAGUUCAAUUAUGUAAUAUGAUAUGAAUAUGAUGAUACCUUCAGAUGUUCAGAUGUUUAAUAUUCAAACUGUAUAUUGUGCCACAUGUUUUUGCUCUUACUUCUAAUGUUCAUUAAAGACUUUGCCUGAU